AUGUCCAAAAUAACAAUUACUAAUAGAUCCUCGAAUAAAGAAUCACCAUUUACUGAAGAAAAUUUAAUAAAUAUUUUAAAUAAAAUUGAUUCAAAUUCACCAAAUGAAAUAAUAGAAAAACUAUCUGAUAAUUUAGAUAAUAUAAGUUCAAAGCAUAAAAUAAUUAUACAAUAUACAGCAAUUGAAGGUAAACAAGAAAUUUCAAAUUUAAAAAUUAAUACUGGUUUUACUUCUAAUUGGGAUGCUUCAAAAGAUGGUUGUUUAACUUUACUGAUUGAUUUAAAUGAAAGUAAAAGUCAAAGUAUUGAAAGUGUAGAAAAUAGUGAAGGAAUUGAUAAAGAAUCUGAAAUACCCAAUAACUCCAAUAUCAAUUCACUACUUAUUACUAUAUAUUGGAUUAGUGUAUAG